UUGUUGGUCGCUAGACGUGUUGAUCAAAUAUAUUAAUAAAUUAAAGAUUAGUAUGAAAAAGAAGUAUUGUAUGUGUGUAUUAUUGUUAAUUUUAUUCUUUAAAGCAUUUGGCGAGGAAAAGAAAGAUGAGUCAACACAAGAAGAUGAAUAUUCGGCUGUACCAGAGGCAUACUCGCAAGUAUUCAAAGAUUUACCAGCAUUAUACGAAUAUAUAAUAGCUACACUUCAAGACAAACCAGAAGUGUUAGAGAAUAGCAACGCUGCAGCUUUCGAUGAUCUCAAUCGCAAAGAAAACCAUAAUGUUAAUAAAAGAAAUGCUAAUUAUAUAAAUGUUGGCACUAACUAUGAUGUGAAUAGUAAUAAAAUAGAUGAUUUAAAUAAUAUUGAUUAUGGAGUAGUAUUUAUUGGGGCUGAUAGUUCCAGUAGGUAUUUAGAUCCAGAUGAAAUCGCUGCGAAAGCUAUAUGGGUUGAACAGGAAUUGGAGGACUAUAAUUCAUAAAUACACACAAAUGUAUCAUCGGAAUACAUGUAAUAUGUAUAUAUCAAUAUUAUCUAUAAUAUUAAAUAAACAAAAUAUUUCUCA